AUGUAUUUCUACGAGAUCAACACCGCUCUGUUCGCGGCUGUAAGCGCGUACCUGCUGCGCAGGCAAUAUUACAGCCCCGGCCAGCCGACGGCGGGGGCGGGAGCUGGGGCAAAGGAGACGGACAUGGAAGAUCAGAGCGACAGUGGCACCGUGGUGGUCGAGUCGUCCGAGCUGGCUCGCAGGUUCCAGAUCGAGUUCUUCUCCGUCUAUGCCCUGGCGGUUGCGGCCGACUGGCUUCAGGGGCCGCAUAUCUAUGCCAUCUACCGGUAUGAGAAGAACAUACCCGAGAGGUCGGUGGCGGCUCUGUACGCGAGCGGGUUCAUCGCCGGCGCCGCGAGUGCCUCGUUCGCCGGGGGUUUGGCCGAUCGCUACGGCAGGCGGUCGGCGUGCCUCUGGUACUGCGUCACGUACGCGUUCGGCUGCCUCACCAUGCUGAGCGACAACCUCGCGGUCUUGUUCCUCGGCCGGCUCGCCAGCGGCGUCAGCACCACGCUUCUGUUCAGCGUCUUCCCGGCCUGGAUGGUCACGGCGUACCACGGCCGGGUGCUGCAGGGCACCGAGCUGGACCUCAGCAGCAUGUUCGGCAAGAUGUCGUCGCUGAGCGGCAUCGUCGCGAUCGCGUCGGGCAUCCUGGGCGACGCGCUCAUCACGUACACGGGGUCGCGCGUGUGGCCGUUCCUCGCGGCGACGGUGUGCGCAGCCGGUGCGGGAUUCCUCAUCACCACGACGUGGGAGGAGAACUACGGCUGCCAGUCGAGCUCUUUCCCCACGGGGGCGACACCCCUCUCCGGCGGCAUCAAAGCCAGCCUACAGAUCCUGGCCAACCCCCGCGUGCUGGCCCUGGGACUCGCCUCCUCGGUGUUCGAGGGCACCAUGUACCUCGUGGUCUUCUUCUGGUCGGCCGCGCUGAAGAGCGCCCGCGCACACGCCGGCUCGGACGAGGAGCUCCCCUUCGGCAUCAUAUUCUCGAGCUUCAUGUGCGCCAUGGUAGCCGGGUCCGCGCUGUUCGCGCUGUCCCCGCACUCGCGCGAGAACGUCUGCUCCCUGCUGAUGACGGCCUUGCUGGCCGUCAGCUGCUGCCUGUCGGCGGCCGUGCUGAUGAUGACGCGCGAAGUCGGCGUCUUCUGGGCCGUCUGCCUGAUCGAGCUCUGCAUAGGGCUGUACUACCCGUCCAUCGAGCUCCUCAAGAGCGAGGUGGUCGAGGACACCGUGCGGGGCAGGACUUACAGUCUUAUGCGCGUGCCUCUGAACGUGUUUGUGGUGGUGGCGCAUGCCUUAGACCAGGAAGGCGACGAGCAUCGGAACCAUGUCUUUAUGGCAUGUGCGCUCCUGCUGAUCGGGGCAUUCUUUGUCUUCAAGAAGGCUUUCGCGGCGUGA